AGAGAAACAAAGUGAUUAUAAAAGGGAAGAGUAAAGCUACUUAUCCAGACAAGAAUCACGUACAUUUAAAGAAGAAAAGCUGAAAAUAUUUCGGACUAAUCAUCAGCUACAGAAGACGAGCCGCAAGCUUUACACAAGCCGGCUGUGGUGAAUACCGAGCUUCUUCACCAAAACAGAUUAAAUCAGAGUGUGAGACAUGGCUGAUGAAAUCAGGACCAGACUUCAUUCCCUUCUCAUCACCUACCCAGAGGAUGUGCCAAAUAAAAGGGAGUAUAAACACAAGCUCCUGAGAGAACACCCAGAAUCUCUCAGAGCAGAUCUAAAAAGAGAUGGCACAGUCCCAGAUCUCGUGUUCUAUACACCACACAUUGACGCUUGGCACAAGGUUCUCUGUAGCCACUACACUAACCAUAGAACAAGGGGCCUAAAAGAUGGCAGACAGAUAAAAAUAAAUAGAAAUGGCAGUGACCAGACUCUGACUGUGAAUAUCUACCACACUGGAAUAGUCAUGUUCCAGGGUACUGAAGUGCCACUCAGUUCUGUUCUAGAUGACUUUGAUACCUUAAAAAAUUUAAAAGAUGAGAUGCUUCAAGAACAACUGCACCUCAUUGACCAGGCAACAAACAACCUGAGUGAGCAUCUACAGAACCUCCAUGUCAGUCAGAAGCUAACUCAAAAUGAAGCUCCUGCUCAGCCACCAAGCACCCAGCCAGGACCACCAAGUCAGUCCCAAGUGCCAGAGCUGCCAAGCCCCCAAGCAAGGAGCACCAAUCCACCAAGCGGAACAACUAAGACCCAACCAGAGCCACCAAGCAUACAGCAAGGACCAGCAGACCAAGAGUGAGGACCACGAAAGCUUCUGCCUAAUCAAGCAGAACCACAGGGCUCAGGGUUCUGCUCUGAAAACCCCAACAGCUACAGAGAAACAUGCUGAAAACACACACACACACGCACGCUUUGUAUUCCCGCGGCCCCGGAAACCAUCACCAUAGCAACACACACACACACACACACACACACAGAUAUCUUCUACAGCCUCUAUGACUAAUGGACACAUUGAGCAACAUUCAGCAGGAUCCUGCUCUUAGAUGCAGCUCAAGGAACCGCUAGAGAAGCAGCACAUGACUCCACACAUCACUAAUCUCUAUUUCUCUUUAUAGACACAUGAUGUUAUAACCAGUUGAGCUAAUCUGUGAGAUUUUUCUGUGUUUUGGCAAAACUGCUUUGCGACAAUGUCCAUUGUAAAAGGCGCUAUACAAAUAAAUUUAAUUGAAUUGAAAAUAUAUAUAAUAUAUAAAUAAAGCUUAAUGAAUUGAAUUAAAUUCAGACAGGGGAGGGGUUGUGGAGAGAAAGUUAUAAACUCAUAUUUACACUCAAUUCUUCAUCAUUAAUCUUUGUGUAUUAUCAUGUUAUUAACCUCACCAUUGUCUGUAU